GGUGGUGACUAGUGGGCCUUGACGUUGAAGUAAUCCACUGUUGAUACUCCUCAUUGGCUGGAUACUUUGUCGUUGGUCUGCUGCGAAGUUAGUGUAACGUCGCGCACUUCUCCACUGUAUAUUCACUCCGUGUGGACGAAAGCAGUUACUGGAAAUGUGUUGUUGACACGGGAAAAGACCAACCACUGACACACACAAGGGAAUACACUCGUAACUCGCCUCAGUAUGUCACGUUCAUUUUCUCAAAGAACUCACAAUUGCGCACUCGUAAUUCCUCAACACGAGGCAGACGAAGUUGACUUUAUCUUGUGAUCAGCGCGGCCGAGGCCCAAUGGGACUGACUCCGGGGUGAAAGGAAGACGAAGUCACAGCCUUGUUCUCGCAAGAAGGGAGGAGGAGGAUUCACAGCAAGGCUCCCCGAGCGGCUGCUCACACAGCGCGCAGCCUCCGGACGCGCUCCACGUCUCCGCCGCGCGCCUCGCCAGUUCAGAAGAUGGAGAGCAGGACGAACGGCAGGACGCGCGCCACCGGCGGCCCGACCGACGCCAGGGAGGCCGUGUACGGCGACAUGAAGCCGCGCGACGAGGCGCAGACUCUCACCUGCGCCUCCUCCUCCGUGCGCAAUUUUGGCCACGCCGGCACACUGGCCCACGGCCUGCACUCGAGCGUCGACGGCGCGCGUUUCAGGGACGGCGGCGGCGUGCUCGAGGGCUCGCUCGCCCCGAAGCACGCGUACGACCGCGGCGGCGAGUAUCUGGAGUGUGACGGCGGCCACUGGGAGGACUUCGUGAAAGCGCAGAGGGCGGACGUGGCCGCGUCCGAGAGUUUGCCGUGCGCGGCGAGCCUCUCCUCCGCAGCCGCAGCGUGCAAGUUCAUCAAGGACGAAGAGGAGCCCUCCGGCAUCAUGGACACCCCGUGUCCCAACUUCGAUCCAUCGCCGCUGAUGUCUCCUCUGGACACCUGCCGCGACCCCUACAGGAAGCAGCAGCUGGGGCUCGGCGGCGGCGAGCCGAUGGGCUUCGCGCCGGCUCCGAACUUCCUGGUGGACCUGAACCAGCCGGAGCAGCUCCCGGCGCUGGACUCCCGGUGUGGCGCGUCCGGCAAGGCUGUCAUCAACUUCGACUCGAACGCGCACGCAGCCACGCAACAGACGGUGUACAAGAACGAGGUCGCCCGGUGGCAGAUGCAGACGUCCCCGGCCGAGCCUCCGCACUGGUGCCAGCCCACGGGCGCGACCGAGGACCCGUUCGCGCACAGCGGCUACGAAGGGAUCCAGAGCCAGGCCCUGUCCCUGAGGAACCCUUCACCCUUCUCUGCAUUCCCCGGUAUGCCACCACAGAGGCUGUGUGUGAUCUGUAGUGACGAGGCAUCGGGUUGCCACUAUGGAGUCUUGACCUGUGGGAGCUGUAAAGUCUUUUUUAAAAGAGCAGUUGAAGGCCAUCACAGCUAUCUGUGUGCCGGGCGAAACGACUGCAUUGUGGACAAGAUCCGGAGGAAAAAUUGCCCGGCAUGUCGCCUCAGAAAGUGCUAUCAAGCGGGGAUGAUGCUCGGAGGCAGGAAGCUGAAGCGUCUCGGGGCCUUUAAAGCCUUCGGUAUGCCCCCAACCCUGAUGUUCCAGUCCCACCUGGCCAUGUCCAGUGACAGUCAGGCCCUGACCUCCAUGUCUUGCAUAUCUGGCAUCCGCGAGGUGUCCCUCAGCCAGCAGAUCAUCAAUAUCCUGGAAAACAUCGAACCGGAGGUCAUGUACUCCGGCCACGACAACUCCCAGUCCGACGUUCCCAAUCUCCUGCUCACCAGUCUCAACAGGCUGUGCGAGAAACAACUGCUGUGGAUCGUCAAGUGGUCAAAGUCUUUGCCAGGAUUUCGUAAUCUUCACAUCACCGAUCAGAUGACCCUCAUCCAGUACUCGUGGAUGAACCUCAUGGUGUUCGCACUCGGGUGGCGCUCCUUUCAGAAUGUCACCAGUGAAUAUCUAUACUUCGCACCCGACCUGGUUCUUAGUCAGGAGCAAAUGAGGAGAACGCCUAUUUACGACCUCUGCCUGGCGAUGCAGUUCAUCCCCCAGGAGUUUGCAAAUCUUCAGGUUACCCGCGAGGAGUAUCUCUGCAUGAAAGCCAUAAUACUUCUCAACACAGUGCCUCUGGAGGGCCUCAAAAGUCAGGGAGCAUUCGAGGAGAUGAGACAGAACUACGUCCGGGAGCUGACCAAGGCGAUCCACAUGAGGGACAAGAGCAUGGUGGUCAGCUCGCAGCGGUUCUACCACCUCACCAGGCUGAUGGACAUGAUGCACGAUAUAGUGAAGAAGGUCAACCUGUUCUGUCUGAGCACCUUCAUCCAGGCCGACGCCAUGAAAGUGGAGUUUCCAGAGAUGAUGACCGAGGUCAUUGCCUCCCAGCUUCCCAAGGUCCUGGCAGGCAUGGUGAGGCCCCUCUUAUUCCACAGCAAGUGACGCUGCCGGCACAGACACAGGCGCAACUCUGUGGAGACAUCUCGCGACGGGAUCGUUCACGCCACAAUUGCAAAUGUAGUCGGUCAUCUGUAAUAUGCCAAACUGCCUGUAAUGCUCUGUAUGAUGUGAACGAGAGUGAUCCUGUUGCUUGAAAAUGUUUUAAAUCCAGAACUAUCUUGAAUAUUAUAAAUUCAGAGGCAUAAAUCAAUGAAGUUCCUCUGUAUAACUGCUUUAGCCACACUUUCCUAUUCUACACUCGCAUUGUACAGAUGGUACGUCCUAGCUGAUAUGCAGUAGAUUAUCUAGAGAUAGCAAUAUUUUUGUACUACAGCAUAAAUAUUUUGUGAUUCUCACCAAAGUGACAUUCUAAAUAAAUGAGGAUUGCACUAGAGAUUGCCAAAACUAAUCACAUUAUUAGUGCAAAUCUCCGCCAACACUGCCUAGUGCCCUAAAUGUGCUUUUUUCCUUCUUUCUUUUUUUUUUAAGAAUAGAAGAGAUUUAUUUAAUGUUCAAUCGGCAUCAAAAUACACACAAUGACAGAGGAUGCGCGUGACAGAUUUAUUUCAAGUGAGUGCAGUAGUUCAUGCAACAUUCAGAUUUGUAUAUCAACUUAUCACAUUUGUCCCAUUAAAAGUUAGUUAAUGCAUUUUUCGACGUCUCUAUCAAACACACGCGACGGCUGGGACCAAAAAUACAACUGCUUUGACAAAGCUAAUAAAACUGCGCAAUAAAACACAUUUUAAUAUGGAUAGCAGGGCACAUAUAUAAUACUUGUCAGUCUAAUCCUACUUUUUUUUUUAAACGUAAAAAAACAUGACUUUGUUUAAAAGUAGGAACACAGAGAGACCCUCCAACACUUAAUAUAUUGAAGAGGUCUUUCUCUUCUUCCCACUAACUUUGACAAAUAAUUUGGACCAACGGGUCUAAUAAACCACGCUAUUUAUUAAUAGACAUGGUCGUGCACUGUCAAGACAAGGAAACAAGCUUGUAAUAUAAAAAUAAUGCCAAAUGAUUACAUGUUGAGGAAAUGGAUGUCAUUUCCGUCAUAUACCCCUCUACAUUCAGGCUGUAAGGGAGUAUUAUUCCAGCAUCAUUGUUCAAGGUCACUUCACAUUCUUAAAGAUGUAAAUGGAAAAGAACAUCAUGAUCUUGGCAAGUGCGAAAUCUCAAAUUCCUUCCCUGAAUACAUUUUUUUGGACUCCAGAGAACGUCUAUUUUUGGAGUAAUUUUUCAGUUUCUAAUAACUGAAGAACGAGUGAUUAAUUAUCAUUAUCUUUGAAACUUUCAAAGGUGAGCAUUAUCACUUUUGGAAUUUAUUAUUGACCUAGUUUGGAAAUGUUUUGACAGUAACAGAAAAUGUAAUAUUAAAUGGCAUCUUUGAACAUAAUACCAUCUAAUGUCUGUUUAGUUGUCAUAACUAGUACACCAGUGUACCAGUGAGUACAGUACCACAACAAGCCUUAGAGGUGAAGGUUCCACCCCAUGAACAUAGCAUUCGUGACGUAACACAUUUUUACAUAAGGCAUAUAUUUGGUGUGAUAAUUUAUGGUAAUAAAAAAGUUACAUGAAGUAAAUAUUUUUGAUUAGCAACUACAGGGGGACGUAUGAAAAUGAAUGUACAGUACAGUACUGUGUAGCUAGCCAGAAAGUGCACUGCAGCAGUGAGCAGGUUCAGUGGUUGAACAACGGUCGCAGGCCAUAAACAUGGAAGUUAAGGUGCAAACCCAUCAUGCCUUUUACUAAUAGAUUAGAUUAGUAUCCUUUACUCCUUUAAAAAAUAAUCACAGUUUGUUCAAUUACAGUCAAUACAAAAAUGUUUAUGAAACAGAUUUCCACUUGCUGAAAUUGUUGUGCUGAUAUCAUGGAAAGUUAAAAGCUGACCUAUUUCUGAGAAUAAAACUUGUGUAAAUGCA